CGAAACCGCUUACCGCUGGCUAGGGCCAGUGAAAUCAUGUUAUGAAUUGUUUAAAUCUUCCGGUUUCAGUUAUCCCAUUAAACCGGCUGCUGAUUGUGGGAAAGUUUCGCAGAUAAACUGCCAUUACAAUAAGCCAAAUGCUUUCAAACUCAACUGAAGUUAAAUUAUUGGCUACAACAAACUUCAUACAUUCUGCUAAUCAUGAUGCAACUGGCGGCAUGGUAUCAGAAGAAGAUCAGCUCAUACGACAAGGAAGAAUGGGAGACGAUGGUGGAGCAGCUGCUGAUGCGCGGCACGUACCGCCGCCGCAUCGUCGACUUCUCCUCGCAUUCGCGCUCGUACCUCAUUGACGUGGACCUGGUCAGAGGUUCAUCAUUCCCCAAAGCAAAGCCGACUCUAUCCAUGCGACGGGUAGUAUGGUUCGCACUCGCCCGUCUUCUCUUCUUACCGGCUUUAUACGCGUGGUGGGCGCAGCAGACGUCGCCGAGCUGCACGCGCGUGCUGCUCGCGCUGUGGACCGUGCAGGUCGCCAACAUCGUGCUGUACUUCGCGGCGCCCACAGACACUGUCGACCCCAACUGCUGGAUGGUGCCAGCGGGCCUCAUGGUCGUUCUGAGCAUCGUGCACUCGCAGAUCGUGAGCACCACCGAGAUGGAGCUCGCGCGCGUCCGCCCGCGCGCCACCUACCGCCGCAAGCUGCCGCGAUACUUCCGGAGAGCGCGUUCUGAAUGCGACGGCGGCAGCGCGGGCGGGUCAGGGGAAAGCGGCGCUACAUCCACCCACAGCAAGCCCGCCAAGCCCCCCAAGUACCGGCGCCGCCAGUCCCGGGCUGACGUGUUCAACACGGCACUGAGACAACGUAAAAACAAAGAAUUGAUAAAGGAAAACCUCAUCAAAAACAUGGAGCCUAUCGUUAAAAAAGCCAUGAAAGCCAAAGAUUCUGACGACGAAGAUUACAUGGCGUGGUCAAAAACUGACGUCUCCACCCCAAUAGUCACAUUUACCCCACCGCCAGAAGAAGUGCCACAACCUUCGUUCUCUUAUAAGAAUGUAUUAACUAAGAAAAGGCUCGAAAGUUUCAAUGUGCAGGCCCAUAUGAACCUAGCAAGAGCCAUGUUUGCCGAGGGUGACGAUGGCUUUGAGAGCCUGAACGGAUAUUACUCCAACGGCAGCGACGAUAGACCAAAGGAAAAACUAGUCAACGAGAAAGAAAAACCAGUGAUCGAACCAAGUGUUAAACCAGUUCCUAAUCUACUUAGAAAUCUUGAAAGGCUGAAGAAGGAAGAUGAUGAGAAAUCGGAGAAGAGUCUUGAGUCUGACGGGUCCGUGCCGGCUCCUGAGGGCAAGAGGGUCGGGGUGCGGUUCAAGAAGUCGUGGGCUGCGGAAAUUAUACCGAGGGAGACUAGCGACGAGGAGUAUCCUAUUAAAAAUAAAGAUAAGAAAUUAGAGAAUUACCAGUCAUCGUCGUCCGACGGCGAAUGCUCGGCGUCGGCGCCGUCCAUCGCACUGCCGUCGCACCAUACCAUGUCGGACUGGGUUGGCCAAACUACUAACAGUGAGGAAAGCAGCUACGGGUCACAGUCGGAGGGCGCCCAUUCGGACGUGGGGUUCCACUGCGCAGACAGCUCGUGGGACCCCUUCGCUUUACUUGACCCUACUAGUGAUACAGUGAAAUGCACUAUGUGGGAGCGCGGCUCGACAUUACGCACAGAGCUGUCAGCUGUGGACAUCAGCUGGUACGUGGUGGCGCGGGCCGAGCGCGCCAUGGCGGCCGACGGCUGCAUGUGGGCCGGCCUGCUCAUGGCCGCCAGCGUGGCGCUCGUGGCGCCCGCCGCCAGGCUCAUCCAGGUUGCCAUAGAACAAGAUACUAGAUGUGAGGAGGAGCUGCAAUCGCUGUCGCUACUGACUUACAUUCCCUCGUUGAUCUGCAACUAUAGUCAGGGGUCUCUGAUCUCGACAUUCAAUGGUGCUUUUGGUGAUAAUAUAUGGGAAAUAACGACGAAUAUAAUAUCAUGCGCACUACGCUUUGCACUCAGCGGUCUCGUAUUUUUCCUACUGGCCGUGGCAGAGAGGGCCUUCAAGCAGCGGUUUCUCUACGCGAAACUUUUCUCGCAUCUGACUUCGGCGAGACGCGCGAGAAAAAGCGAGUUGCCACAUUUUAGACUGAAUACCGUGAGGAAUAUCAAGACUUGGCUCUCCACUCGGUCAUAUUUACGGCGCCGCGGGCCUCAGCGCUCAGUAGACGUGAUCGUAUCUGCCGCCUUCAUGCUCACAAUAAUAUUGCUUGCCUGCGUCAGCGCUCAUUUGCUCAGGGACUCCAUAACCCUCGAAUCGAGCUGGCUACUCGAAGCCCUCGUGUGGAGCAGCUGCCUCGGCAUCUACCUCCUCCGCCUUCUAACCCUGGGCAGCAACGUAAAUCGCAAAUACCGCGGCUGCCUGUCCGCCAUACUGACGGAGCAGAUCAACCUGCACUUAGCCAUCGAGCAGCGCCCGGAGAGCAAGGAGCAGCUCACGGUCGCCAACAAUGUGCUCAAACUCGCCGCGGACUUGCUCAAGGAGCUGGAUUCGCCCUUCAAGAUAUCUGGAAUAUGUGCCAAUCAUUACUUAUACACUAUAACAAAGGUAGUCAUACUGUCUGCCCUCUCUGGGGUCUUAUCGGAAAUGCUGGGUUUCAAGUUAAAACUACACAAAAUCAAAAUCAAAUAAUAUAAUGAAAUAUUUUACCGUUGUAUAAUGCACGUCGUUCAAAGUAGGUCACUAGAAAAAGAAAUGAAGUAGCUAGUAAUUUUCUUAUCAAGUUUGUUUACGUUUCUAGCAAGUUACAAUAUCAAAUCGCUACCUACCUGCUUUGUAGUAGGUUUUUAACAAAUGACAAACAACUUUUGAAUAUUGUCUAGCAAAAACAUAAGGCUACAAACGUUGCAAUAAAUUGCAUGCGAUUUUAGAUUGCUGGUUAAGUUGGAGCAACGAAUUCAAUCGAUCGACCAAAUGCCGCAAUGUAUUGCAAAUCGCAUGCGAUUACCGUGACGUUUGGCCAAGCCAUAGUGAAGCAUUUAUAACUACUCGCGCGACCAAUUAGUUCGGAGACCCUACCGCUAAAAACGAAAAUCGGAAUUUCUUUAUCUGCCUCACUAUCGCUCGAAUAUUCUAGAGCGAUAGAGAAACAGAUAACGAAAUUUCGAUAUUGGUUGUCUACGGUAGGCCCUCAGAUACGUAGUUACGUAUAUACAAACUAUACGCGCCUGAAAAAGGGCAUUGAUAAAACAGAAAUUCAAUUUCGUCUCUUGAAUGGUACUCCAAAAUUUAUAAUCUGUGGAAGAUAGCCUAUACUUUAUUACCUCGUGUCUACUUAAUAAUGAUAGUAUAUUAUAAUUAUUCAACGUGUAUGCAUUGUAUUGUAGCCAAAAUAGUUACUUAGUGCACAAAAUUGUUGCAUAAAUAGUUCAGUGUUCCUACCUUUUUUGCCGUUCAACAAUGUGCAGUUUAGCAAAUGUCUAGAUAACAAGAAAUAGUUUUAAGUGAAGUGACCCAUUUUAUCUUAUGUUUAAAAUCAAUAUUUAUUUUCACAAUUAUCAAAAUUAAUCUACAUCAAAAGCAGUUAUGAAAGCAAAAAUGAGAAAAGCCUUGUUCUGAUAAUUAAAUAGAGUACAUAAUGUACCGAUUUGAUUAUAUUGUUCACGUAGCUAUUUCUGCUGUGACUUAGUUGACGAAAUAUAGUUUGCACCGAUUACUCAUAAAUUUUUUAUCUUUACGAAUACAAGAAAGACAAAAAGAGCGAGCAGUCUCGGUAAAGCACAUACCAUCCAUGUUAUUGCUUUCAUUAUACUAUUGUAAAAUAAUAUUAAAGUAAUUUCGAGCGAUAUUAACAUUCAUCAGUGCAAAUAGUUUUUUUUCAACUAUACCAAAUUUCACACAUCUGACAGUUUGUAAACCUUAUUGCAAUGACAUAAGGUUCACCGAUGCUCAGUUGCUUUUCAUGAUAACUGAUCAUGAAUGCGAGACUGAUUUAUUUUGUAGGUAUGUAAUAAAGUAAAAAAUUAACUUCUUAUAGACGCAUAAUUAACAGAAAAAUUACCUUGAUAUUUCAUUCACUAUCGUUUUGAUCUCAAUUUACCACUAUGAUUAUAUGUUGACUUGAGUUAAUAUUGAUAUCGAAACCUGUGUAACCUCUGCCUUAUUAUAAUAGUACAUUUUGAGUUUAUCAAGGUUUGUGAACUAAAUAUUAUUAUAAUUCGGGCUUUUCCGCCAUUAGUUAUCUGGCUAGUACGAUUAACAAAGACGUUAUUUACCUAAAUCAAUCAUGAUAAAAGCUACCAUUGUCGGUUGUCAAUAUGUCGCUACCAACUGACAAAAUGGAUCUAUUGCCUGAUGUCACAAAUAAAUAUUAUCUUGGGAGCACAAUUAUAUUUUCUCGGUAACUCGUGGCGAAAAUGUCAAUUUUCUUUAAUAAGUAGAUGUUUUUUUUUUUUUUUUUUUUU